AUUUGGUUCGUCUCGCUGGUCACACCACUGCCCACAGCCAUACUCUCCAAAUUGAAGCGCCAGUUGAAUAGCACACACUUCACGUGCAACGAGGACUGGGACGACAUCGAUAAGCGAUACUAUUACUCCGUGGCUCUAAUGCUAUUGCAAUACGCGUUCCCGUUGUCUGUACUCAUCUACACGUAUAUGAGAAUAGCUGUCGUAGUGUUCGCCAAACGGACGCCCGGAGAGGCCGAGGACGCCAGGGAUGCCCUCAUCAGGGCCUCCAAGCGUAAGGUAAUUAACCGCACAGUACUUCACUCUAUGUAA